AUUCCGGUUUCUGUUCCCACACACAUGCUACACUUGGCGGCAGUACAAGAGUUCGGAACAGUCAGCUGGGAAAAGUAUCAUGCACGACUGCCCGCCAAAGAGAGAAAAGCGGACCCUGUCUAUCGGAUCAAGACGGGUCAUCGAGACGAGGUCUUCUUCAUGCCAAAGGGAAGAUUUAGGGACGGCUGGGACCACGGCUAUGGAUACACUGCCUCGACAAAGGCCAUUCUCGGAUGUUUGCUACUCUUUGCUAUGCUCACUAGACGGGUGUCACGCUGGUGGAAAGCAGGCAAGACCCAUCAACGCGAAUACCAGAAGCUGCUGCCGGCGAAGGACGAAGUGGGUGUCAAAAAGAUGAUUGUGAAAUUGAUUUUCUUAUUGCCUUAA